CCCUACCGCCACCAGUGGGGCGCGCAUGCGCAACACCCCUGUUUGUCGGCCCCUGAAAAGCGAAGGGAGGUGUAGUGGAAGCCAAGGCCGAGGCCGAGCUGUAGCUGACCCGGCUUGACUGGGACCUGGAACAAGGGGCCAGUCCCGUGCGGACCGAAGGGCCCAAGUGUGGAUGGAGGAGGUUCAGCCGUGAAAUCAACGCUAGCUCGACCAGCCUGGCGCAGGGCCUACAGGGCGAGCCGAAGUCGCCCAGGACCUUCCCUCAGGGGCCGGGCAAGGAGCCUAGGCUCAGGCGCGGAAACCAGGCCCAGCUCAGCCCUUCGGAACCACACCCCGACCAGCCCGGAGGCCAAACCUUCACCAGGGCCAUAGGCCGGUGACGAGGCCGCGCCCGGGCCUCCCGUCGGGGCUGGACUGGGACGAGGCCCCGGGGAGGCCCCUGGCCCCCUGCUUAGCACCCCUCAGGCCACCACCCGCCGGGAAGAUGCAGCGUGCCCUUCCAGGUGCCCGCCAGCACUUGGGGGCUAUCCUGGCCAGCGCCAGCGUGGUGGUAAAGGCGCUGUGCGCGGCGGUACUGUUCCUCUACCUUCUCUCCUUCGCCGUGGACACGGGCUGCCUAGCUGUCACCCCAGGCUACCUUUUUCCCCCCAACUUCUGGAUCUGGACCCUGGCCACCCAUGGACUGAUGGAGCAGCACGUAUGGGAUGUGGCCAUCAGCCUGGCCACAGUGGUAGUGGCAGGGCGUUUGCUGGAACCCCUCUGGGGAGCCUUGGAGCUACUGAUUUUCUUCUCGGUGGUGAAUGUGUCUGUGGGGCUCCUGGGGGCCUUUGCCUACCUCCUCACGUACAUGGCGUCUUUCAACUUGGUCUACCUGUUCACUGUUCGUAUCCAUGGCGCCCUGGGCUUCCUAGCUGGUGUUAUGGUGGCACUCAAACAAACUAUGGGAGAGUGUGUGGUCCUGCGAGUGCCCCAGGUGCGCGUCAGCGUAGUGCCCAUGCUGCUACUGGCACUGCUGCUACUGCUGCGGCUGGCCACUUUGCUCCAGAGCCCAGCACUGGCUUCUUACGGUUUUGGGCUGCUCUCCAGUUGGGUUUAUCUUCGCUUCUACCAGCGCCACAGCCGGGGCCGAGGGGACAUGGCUGACCACUUUGCUUUUGCCACCUUCUUCCCUGAGAUCCUGCAGCCAGUGGUGGGGCUGCUGGCGAACUUAGUGCAUGGCAUCCUGGUGAAGGUAAAGAUAUGCCAGAAGACAGUAAAGCGCUAUGAUGUAGGAGCCCCGUCCUCCAUCACCAUCAGCCUUCCAGGCACAGACCCUCAAGAUGCUGAGCGUCGAAGGCAACUGGCCCUGAAGGCCCUGAAUGAGCGGCUGAAGAGAGUGGAGGACCAGUCCCUCUGGCCCAGCAUGGAUGAUGAUGAAGAGGAGGCUGGGGCCAAGGUGGACAGCCCCUUACCCUCAGAAAAAGCUCCUACACCUCCAGGGAAGGGGGCUACCCCAGAAUCCAGUCUCAUCACCUUUGAAGCAGCUCCCCCAAAGCUGUAACUCUAGACCACCUUGAGCAUUUCCUCUCCCAAGCCCCCUUGAUGCCUGUCAGGUACUCCAGGGCAUGACCACUCUGAGGAGAGGGAAGAAGGCCUUCUGGGGGCUUUCAGGGGCUUCCAGGGGCUUCUUCUGUUUCUUGCCAACACUACCAAGGACCCUUGCCACCUGGUUCCAACUCCAGACAACCAUUAGGUCAGGCCUGGGGCCUCUGAAGCAUCAGCCAGUCCAGGCCCCCAUCUGAGGUAAGAUUGUACCUCAGCAGGCAGCCCGAGGCAAGUGGCCACAGAGACACUGGUGCCACAGCUCCUGGGCCAGCCCUCACAUCUGAAACUGGUUGCCAAGAACUCUGAGCCAAGGCAAAGAUUUGCAUUUGCCAAAAAUGUUAUGGGGGCCCAGCCAGUGCAGGAAUCAGUGCAAAGCUGCACUUCCUCCCUGCCCACCCCGAGAAAGACUAAGUUUGUCAGGAUUUCUUGUUUCCCUCUGCUGCAGCUGUGACUGCUUUUGGGCCAGAACAGCCACAGUUCCCAGAUAUUUUCUACAGGACCACUUGAGUGGGCAGCCAAGCCCAGCCUUGGAGUAUCAAUAAAGCAUUUCUUUGAGGUA